AACGUAUAUUCCCUUCUCUCUUUAAUGCAGAUGCACUCAAAUUUGCUGAUAUUUAUUUGGCGCCGCAAACUUUCAGUACUGCUGCUGGCAUCGGCUGUUGUUUUACUUGGACUCUGGACAUGGGCCAUACUGGAUGAUACCACCAAGACCCUGCCAGCGUUCGCACAACAGACAUCGCAACAGGCCACAGAUGAGGCCAACUAUCAGCACGUUCAUAUCAUCCAGAAGCUGAUAGCCCAAGCGAAUCGGGUUUUGCGUGCCGAGCGCCAAAAGGACAACGCGGAGCGUCCCUCCCCGGCGCAGCGUCUGCUUGGCAACGUUCGCUUCGUGCGUCCCACUCAGGCGAAAAAGGCGCCGUUGCCCGUUGCCGACAGUUAUCUGUUCGAGCAGGAGCGUUUGAAGAUUCUGGAGCAGCAGCAGCGGCACCGCAACGCAGGCAUGGACGAGCUUAAUGCCAACGCGGAGGACGAUCGCAUGCUCAGCUCAGCAGAGCGGCAGACGCAAUACGAGCACGAGCUGCAGCGCAUGGGUGUCCCCGUAGUGGCUGGCAUUGGUCCGGAUGGACCACGUGCUCCGGCCGAGCGACUGGUCCAUCUGGAUCUCAAGGGUGCGCCCCCCAAGCUGAGCUUUUUGAAGCAACUCCUGCCCGUGCUGCGGGCCUUGGGCGCCACUGGACUGCUCAUUGAGUACGAGGACAUGUUUCCCUACAGUGGCAAUCUGCAGCCGCUAGCCGCGCGCAACGCAUAUAAAGAAGCUCAACUAAAGGACUUUCUGGAGUCCGCAUGGGUGGAGUAUGGUCUUAGUAUUAUGCCGCUUGUGCAAACAUUUGGACACAUGGAGUAUGCACUGAAGCUGCCUGGGUUCGAGCAGUUACGUGAGCUGCCUGAGAGUCCACAAUCCAUUUGCCCCAGCCAGCCGCAGAGCAUGGCGCUGCUGGAACAGAUGCUCACCCAGGUCGUUGAGCUGCAUAUGCGACUCUCCGACAAUGCGACGUCCUCGACGACUCAGCUGCCCAACAAGUUCACACAUUUGCAUAUUGGAUGCGAUGAGGUGCAGCGCAUGGGGGAGUGUUCGCUCUGUCGCCAGCGACUGCGCAGUGAACUGUUCCUGUCCCACGUGAUAAGCCUGGCUCACUUUGUGCGGCGUCGCUGGCCGCAGCUGAACGUCGUCAUCUGGGAUGAUCAGCUGCGUGCGAUAAGUCUCAGCGAGCUGCAGAACUCUCAGAUCGGCAGCUAUGUGGAGCCCAUGGUGUGGGUAUAUGCCAGCGAUAUAUAUCACUUUAUACAGCCCCAGCUAUGGAACACCUAUGCCAAGGUGUUCCCCAGCGCAUGGGCGGCGUCCGCGUACAAGGGCGCCUUUGGGGAGAGUCUGCUGGUGCCGCCACUGCAGCAGCAUCUGGAGAACAACAUACGCUGGCUGGCUGUCAUAGCUAAGGAGGGUGGGCGCUUUGCCAAAGGCCUGCGAGGAUUGGCACUCACUGGCUGGCAGCGCUACGACCAUUUUGCCGUACUUUGUGAGCUGCUGCCCGUGGGCAUGCCCAGUCUGAUGACAUCGCUGUCCACAGUCGCAAAGGGCUAUUUUAGCAUCAAUCCACGCGACAACGAGCUGUUGCGUGUGCUGCGUUGCGUCUUUCAGCCGGACAGCCGGCGCUCAGGACAUCCCUGGCUAGAGCUGCAUCCGAAUGCGCAUUAUAGUCAAUUGUUUGCCGUGUGCAGCUAUCCAGGUCACCUGGUCUUCAAGUAUGCGCUUCGCCUGUACGACAAACUGGCCGAGGUGCGCAACUACUUGCAGCACACACGGGAGCACAGUGCUUGGCUCUCGGACUACAAUGUGAGGCACAACUUUAGUUCGCCGCUGCGCGUGCAGGAACUAACGGCAAGGACGCCCCAGCUAGUGGAAGAGCUGCGCACCAUGGCACGCGAGGCUCAGCAGCUGCUGUGGGAAGUGUAUGACGAGCAUACGGUGGGAGAAUUCGUGGAGCAGCACAUUUAUCCUAGCAUCAAUGCGCUGCAUCAACAACUUGCUAGUGGGCAGACGCUGUUGCAGCGGCGCACCUGGCAGCAACGGCCGCUGCCGUUGAGCCUAGAGCUGCAGCAGGACAUGGGACUGGUAACCACAAUAGAUCACCAGCGGGAACAUUGAGCAGACGUGCUAACUAACUGUUUACUGCUGGGAGCACAUACACACAUAUACACAUAGAUACAUGUUAAUGUAUUGUAGUCAAGGCGUUCGAAACGCCCUAAGCUAAUGGAUAAUAACGGUUAAGUUUUUAAUGUUGACAACACUGCGGCAUUUUCCAAUCCCCAUUAACAUAAUAAACAUAAAAUGUUCAUUUUGUC